UGGAUCCACGAUCGAAGGUUGUUCGCAUGAUGUUGCGCGCCGCCGCGAAUUCGUGAUUCUUCGGGGUAAGUGCGAGGGGAAAUAAACACAGAGAGAGCGGUGGAGUGGUGUGACAAUAGCGCGCGUUCAACAAUGUCGUCGGCGAGUAAAAAGGCGAAGGAGAUAGAAGAUCCAGGUUCGGGCGAAGGAGUCGAGGCUCGGGAUUAUGACAUUGAAAUACAGAAGACUCUCGAAGAAAUAGAUGGGUGUCAGAAUCAAAUCGAUGGCUUGAACGAGAAGGCCAGCGACGAGAUUCUCGAAGUCGAGAAAAAGUACAAUAAGUUGCGUAAACCUUACUUUCAAAAACGUAACGAUAUUAUCAAGAGGAUACCCAACUUUUGGGUCACUGCUUUUGUAAACAACAAAGAAAUAGCUGAAAUAUUGGAAGAAGAUGAAGAAGAUGCAUUACGGUUUUUGAAUAAAUUAGAGGUCGAGGAAUUUGAAGACAUUAAAUCUGGUUAUAGAAUUAAUUUUCACUUUGAUGAGAAUCCAUAUUUUGAAAAUGAGGUUCUUACUAAAGAAUUUCAUCUAGGUUCUUCCGGAGAUCCAGCAUCCCAAAGUACGCCUAUUCGUUGGAAAGAAGGAGCAGAUUUAACAAAACGUGCAAAAACAAAAACACCUUUAAAGGGUCGUAAAAGGCCACUCAAACAUAGAUCAUUCUUUGAUUGGUUCACGGAUCAUGGUGAUCCUAGUUCAGAUGAAAUAGCUGAAUUAAUCAAAGAUGACAUGUGGCCUAAUCCUUUGCAGUAUUACCUAGCUCCAGAUAUCGAUAUUGAAAAUGGUGUUGAGGGUGAUGGCGAGGAUUGUGAAACAGAAGAAGAAGAAGAAGAAGAAGAUGGGGGUGGAGAUGAUGGCGAUGAAGGAGGUGAAGGAGAAGAGGGAGAUGAUAGCAUAGUAGUAGUUGAAGAUGACGUAGAUGAAGAAGAUGAAGAAGAGGAGGCUGUGAACGAUGAAGACGAUGGUGUAAAUGAAGAGGAUGAUUUACUUGUAGAUGAUGAAGCGGAUCGUGAAGAUGGCGAUGGAGAAGAACCAGAAUAGAAUUAAAAUUUGAACUCUAUAAUCAGUCGUCAUUGCUGAAAUUGUGAAAGCAUCAAGGAACUUGAAUCCUCGAUUGAUUGAGAACAGAGAAAGUUUGUCGAAUUAAAAACAUUAAGCCAUAUGAAUAAAACUUAGGAAAAAAAUGUUUGAGGAUAUAAAUAAAGAGAUUAAUUUUGCGCACAAAAAUUCUCUUUGGGUAUGUGCGUUAAGCAAUAUGGCACUCGUAGUAGUGUACCGAAAGUGACUUAGAGAUAAUGCAGUUUGAGUUCCCUCCAUGCGUCAUGUCAAAACAUUGUCGGAUGUUAAGUAUUCCUAAGUUAUAUUCAUAUGGCCUAGUCAUUCCCCGAAUAUUAGAUAUACAACAGAGGACACCUGCUUGGGUCUAUAAUAUUACCAUUAUAUUAUUAAGUUAGGUUAUAUAUAAGAGGUAAAUGAAGGCAUCAAGCAGGCGUUCUACUUGUUCUAUUUCCCAUCAAAAUCUAUUUCCUGAACAUUACCUUUCAAUGAGAGAUGUCAGGUAUCAUUUUUGAGAACGACGAGAAUAAAUAUAGCUGUGGAUGUAAAAUGCAAUGAAGGUUUUAUCUUUCGUAAGUUUUAAUCGAGAAAAUAAUGCUUCUACGUCAUUCUUUUUCAUCGAUACGUAAUCAUAUCCAUAAUAUUUUUAAUACUAUAUAAAUCAUUGAAAUAUGAAAAAAAAUUGUUUUAUUAAGCAAAAUAUUAUUCAGUAUCCUACUAACGACGAGCAAGAUAAUAUUAAGUUUCUAGUUUGUGUGUGUUUCAUUAUAUAUUCGUAUAUAGGGAAUAUAAGCAUAGUAAGAUCUAUAAAAUAUAAGUUGAGAAUACAUAAUUAUUUCCGUUACAUACACUUUUUCCCACUUAUUUUGUAUUAUUUAUAAUAAUUUCUUUUAAUAUAAAAUAUUAUGCUAUAUUUUAUUACAUAAGGUAUUACACAAGAAUACUUGAAAGCCAAGAAUAAAAUCUUCAUUGCCAUGCAUCUAUCGUUUCAUCAAAACUCGUGUAAAAUUUUGUUAUUCAACCUGAUGCUUUUAUAUCGAUCUUCGCGUUAUUGGCUCAACUAUCACAAUUGAUAUCUCUUUAAAGGCAUUAUGUUGCAUGGACAAAUUGUUGGAAUAGCCUUGAUUAUAUAUUGAUUUUAAAAAUGUAAAUAGUCUAUUCAAACAAAACUGAUCCAUUUUUAUUCCGACGAUUCCAUGUAAAGUCUCUAAUUUGAUAUGAUCAUAAAUUGAACAUUUUAACUAAGUAUGUGCAGCAUCCCUCGAACCUUGCUAUGACAUAAAUACAAACUUUUAUAAAAUA